GGAUGCUGACACGUCGACGAAAACGAAUAGUCACGUAGACCAGUGCGUCUAUCGAAAUCCCAUCGACACCUUUUUGCCAGGUAUAAUUCUGCCCCAAUGCAAGUAAGAAGGGUAUUCUCUCAUCAGGACUCUCUCAUCGUGGUCGUAUACCGGUCGAGUUCCGUCUGCUUCUUGUUUUAUAUAUACACUACGCCAGGUUAUACCAUGCGUCUUACUUUAUUGGCCGCUAGUUUGGUUGGCUUCGUCGUAUUCGUCUGUCCGAAAUCAAUCGACAGACAUGUACUAGUGAGGCUGAAAAAACCACCCCAGAUUUCAAUCAUCAAUGGAAUCCCAGCUCAAGCCGGCGAUUUUCCUUUUAUGGCUAGCCUAUUAUUUCCAAUUAAUACAACAGCCGGCUUAUAUCGCCUAUGUGGUGGAACCUUGAUCGCAUCGUCUUAUAUUCUUACAGCAGCCCAUUGCGUCGACGGUCUGCCCACUGAUACUGGGAAUGGCUACGUGUUCAUCAAUACAUUGAACAUAACUGGCGGAGGACCCGGAUCCCUCGUUAGAAGGGUCUCAUCAUAUGUCGCACAUCAACAAUUUUUCAUGAAUACGACUCAUAUUUUGAACGACAUCGCCUUACUGGUGUUAAAUCAAGCAGUACCCGCAACUGCUAACAUUCCCUUUGUUCAACUUCCAAUUGAUCCCGACUUGACAACAACUACAACACAAUUGCCAACAACGACAGACCCUGUAACAACGGAUACAACUUUAAUAUCAACAACAACAAUACUAUUUUCGACAACCACACUACCAACGACAACGACCGAAUCGCCAACUACUACAGAUGCAGAAACAACUACAACCACACUACCAACGACAACAACCGAAUCGCCAACUACUACAGAUGCAAAAACAACUACAACCACACUACCAACGACAACAACCGAAUCGCCAACUACUACAGAUGCAGAAACAACUACAACCACACUACCGACAACAACAACUCAAUUGCCAAUUACUACAGAUGCAGAAACAACCACAACCACACUACCAACGACAACAACCGAAUCGCCAACUACGACAGAUGCAGAAACAACCACAACCACACUACCAACAACAACAACUCAAUCGCCAACUACGACAGAUGCAGAAACAACUACAAACACACUACCAACGACAACAACCGAAUCGCCAACUACGACAGAUGCAGAAACAACUACAACCACACUACCAACGACAACGACCGAAUCGCCAACUACGACAGAUGCAGAAACAACUACAACCACACUACCGACAACAACAACUCAAUUGCCAAUUAUUACAGAUGCAGAAACAACUACAACCACACUACCAACGACAACAACCGAAUCGCCAACUACUACAGAUGCAGAAACAACUACAACCACACUACCGACAACAACAACUCAAUUGCCAAUUACUACAGAUGCAGAAACAACCACAACCACACUACCGACAACAACAACUCAAUUGCCAAUUACUACAGAUGCAGAAACAACUACAACCACACUACCGACAACAACAACUCAAUUGCCAAUUACUAUAGAUGCAGAAACAACUACAACCACACUACCAACGACAACAACCGAAUCGCCAAGAACUACAACCACAUUACCAACGACAACAACCGAAUCGCCAACCACGACUACAACCACACUACCAACGACAACAACUCAGUCGCCAACUACGACAGAUGCAGAAACAACUACAACCACACUACCAACGACAACAACCGAAUCGCCAACAACUACAACCACACUACCAACGACAACGACCGAAUCGCCAACUACGAUAGAUGCAGAAACAACUACAACCACACUACCAACGACAACAACCCAAUCGCCAACCACGACGGAUGCAGAAACAACUACAAUACCAACGAGUACAACCACACCAUCGACGACAACAACUCAAUCGCCAACGACUACAACCACAUUACCGACGACAACAACCCAAUCGCCAACGACAACAACUCGAUCGCCAACGACAGAUGUAGAAACAACAACAUCCGCACUACCAACAACAACAACCCAAUCGCCAACAACGACUACAUCCACAUUACCAACGACAACGACCCAAUCGCGAACAACCACCGCACUAUCAACAACAUCGACCACAACACAAUCGCCCACAACUACAAUACCAACAACAACCACAAUAUCUCCAAAAACCACACUACCAACAACACCAAUACCAACGACUAAAACCACUACAACAAAAACAACCACAACAUUGAAACCCACGACCAAAACAACUACAACAUUAAAACCUACAACAAAGACAACUACAACACUGAAACCUACAACAAAAACUACUACAACAAAAACAACCACAACAUUGAAACCCACAACCAAAACAACUACAACAUUAAAACCUACAACAAAGACAACUACAACUCUAAAACCAACAACCAAAACUACUACAACACUGAAACCUACAACGAAAACAACCACAACAUUAAAACCCACGACCAAAACAACUACAACAUUAAAACCUACAACAAAGACAACUACAACUCUAAAACCAACAACAAAAACUACUACAACACUGAAACCCACGACCAAAACCAGCACAACAUUAAAACCCACAUCCAAGACAACUACAACACUGAAACCAACGACAACAAAAACGACAGGAAAACCCACUACUAAAAGUACACCAAUAAAGUCUACCAUCACAACUCCUAAACCGUCAACGUUAAAAACAAUAAAAACAACCACCAAAAAACUUGCAGCUCAUCUAAGAGCUUUCAGUUCUUAUUCGAACCAGUCGGCCGUCAUUACAGGAUGGGGAGUAACAUCCAGUGGAAGUAACUCGUGGACGUUGCAGAAAGCUAACGUCACCGUCUACGACAACACCGUUUGCAAUCAACAGUGGCGUCAAUUCAUCGGUUCUACACAAUUGUGCGCUGCCCAAUUGAACACAGCGACUUGUUUCGGAGACAGUGGCGGACCGCUUCUCGUCAACGGCAAUGUUCAAAUCGGCGUUGUCAGCUUCGGUAGCGCGAACGGAUGUGCCGAUCCUGCCCAUGUCCCCGUGUUUACUCGCGUGUCCGCUUACCUUGGCUGGAUAUCCGCCACGAUGGCCAGCAACCCACCUCCAGCAUCAGGCAAGUAAAAAACCUACGAAAAAUGGACAAGCCGGCCGCAUUUAAUCUAAAUAUUAUAUAAUCACAUAUUAUUCAAAUAUAAAAAUUAUUCUACAAUAUCAAGCAUUUGGGUUUUUGGAUGUGUGGCAAUUUAAACAUAUAUCUAUGGCGUCAAUACAUUUUUUUAGUGAGGCUAA